UCGAGGCGUGUAAACAAAACAAAAACUUGUCACUGGUUUUUCUUCAGUCCGGCUCCUCAAGCUCUAGAAAUGUCCGAACACAGACAUGGACACAGCUGCGAGGGUGAGCACCAACACGACGAGUCUCCCGAGAUGGGGGUGCAGUACAGUCUGUACAUGAAGAUCGACAAGGAGAACAUGGAAUGCUUGAACGAGGCGGCCGAGAACUCUGGGAAGGACGUUUUCAAGCCUUGGGAGGAAAGACUGAACUUUGAAAAAUUUGUUGAAAGUGACUGCGACGAGGAACUGCUCUUCAAUAUUCCGUUUACUGGAAAUAUAAAAUUGAAAGGAAUCAUCGUUGUCGGUGCUAAUAAUGACUCUCAUCCUGCCAAAAUGAAAUUAUUUAAGAAUAGACCCAAAAUGACCUUUGAUGAAGCUGCAGUGAAGGCUGACCAAGAGUUUGAGAUGCAAAGAGACACCACAGGGCGCCUCGAGUAUUCAACAAAAGUUGUGACUUUCUCAUCUGUGCACCACCUGAGCAUCUAUUUUCCCAAAAACUUCAGUGAUGGCGAGGAGUCGACACAAAUUUACUACAUUGGUCUGAAAGGAGAAUUCAGCGAAGCUCACAGACACGGAGUGACAAUUUGCAAUUACGAAGCCUGGGCCAGCCCCUCAGAUCACAAGGUUGAUCAGGGUGACACUGUGUCAAGGAUGAUUCAAUAAAUUAUUUCUUGUAAA